UAGUAUCUAUUGCUGUGAGUUCUUCAUUCUUCGAAUUGUAAAAUUAUUAAAAAAUAGUGUUAUAACUUUUAUAUUGCUAUAUUAUUUCUGGUUUUGUAAAAGUUUUCAACAACAAUGGGUAGAAAAACUAAGAAUCCCCAACGUUCUAAAAGCUUGGGUUCAAAUUCAAUAAUAAGCAUCCAAAAAAGGGAAAAUUUUAAAAAGAAAAGCAGGAAAUCGAGACAAAAAAUUAAGAAACUGUUUGAUGAACUUCGCAACGAAUCAUCCACUUCUUUGAGUUCUUCAAAUUGUACUGUAAUAGAAGUUGAUACUCAAAAUACUGAAGGUACAGGUACCAGGAAUGCUGAAAUUCUUAACAAACCAAUAAACAAUAAUGGUAGCCCUAUUAUCAUUGGUGAUGAUGAUUUAGUUAUCAACAAUGCACCAUGUCCUAUACAAUGUUCUACACCUUUAUCACAUAGUAAACAUAUAAUAAAUAACAGUAUAAUCCCUGAAUCUACACUUAAUAAUAAUUCACUACAAAAUUUCAAAGAUGAUGUAGAAAAUUUAACAAGGGAAAUUAAUAGAGAUUCAUAUUUAACAAUAGACCUAACAACUGAUAGUGUUCAAAACAUAAGUAAUCAGUCAAAUUACAAUACAGUCAUAGAUUUAGUUAACACAUCUGAUAUACAAGACUGUACAAUUGUUAAUGAUAACCUUUCAAUGAGCGGUGAUUCAGAUGUAACAGUGUUAAAUACCAAAAGAAAGAAAACUAGGCUUAAUAAUAAGCAAAUGCAAAAAUUUGCGAAUGGUAUUGCAAAUUUAGAUUCCUCGGAAAGAGGGAAACUACUGGAAUAUAUUGCAAAGAAAAUUUUUAAUCAAUCUAAAGGACCAGAUAGUACAACUAACAGUCUGCAUAGUGUAAAGAAUGAUGUAAAUCGUGCAACAGAAACGGUAGAAGAUACCUACAUCAAAGAGGUGAUACUCGGCCAGGUGAAUUCUAGAAAUAGCAUAGGCAGUAAUAUAUAUAAUCCUGAGAGAGAUAUUAAGAAUAAAACCGGCCUAAGAAUGAUUGUUAUAGAUGGGAGUAAUGUUGCAAUGCAGCAUACGAAAGGAAGAAUCUUCUCAGUGAAGGGUCUAAAAAUAUGUAUAGACUACUUUCUUCAACGUGGCCACGUGGUUAAAGCGUUUGUGCCUCAUUUUAGAUGUAAAUAUGGCAAGAGUACAGACGGCAAACUGCUUGAUCAAAUGGAAAGGCAAGGCUUAGUUGUGUACACACCAUCGAGGGAAAUACAGGGAAAGAUGAUCACCUCAUACGAUGACAGGUACAUUGUACAGUGCGCAGCCGAAUUCGACGGAAUUAUAGUUUCUGGUGACAACUACAGGGACCUGUUGACAGAGAAUCCAAGAUGGCGGCACGUUAUUGAAAACAGAUUAUUACAAUUCACUUGGGUCGGUGAUAUGAUAAUGUUCCCGAGAGACCCAUUAGGAAGAAACGGUCCUACUUUGGAACAAUUCCUAAAGCACCCGUCUCCGUCAAUGCAAUGUUAAACAACAGACAAAAAUAUAUUAAAAUUGUUGUUGUGCCAUUUAAUGGAGACUUACAAACAAUAUGGUAUACAUUUUCGACAUUGUUUGAAAUUUAUUUAUAAUUAUACACAAGUAAAUAUAAAAUAAAAAUCUGUAUUUGUGUAAUUCUUGUCUUAAGAAUACCAUAUAUAAUAUAUAUAUUAUGAAAAAAACUUG